CAAUUCACCCGCGACACGUGUCAACAUCGGAACCAUCAAAAGUAUCUCCAUUUAAACGGUCAAUUCGGACUGUCACCCCUUCUUCCUCUCUGUCGCUCAUUCUCCAGUUACUCAGCCAUGGCGAUAAUCACUGUUCGCAAAAUGCAUAGUUAGGUUUAUCUUCCAAAUUUGUAGAAAUCGAUAUAUAUAGACAGAGAAAAGAUGUGGAGAUGUUCGUUUUUGUUGUUGAAAGAAGGAUUAUCGUCAAGAUCAAAAGCAGUUACGUGUGGAUUGAAACGAGUUGAAUGGAGUUACAGAUGCCGUAACGUGCUGUUUUCGAGUUCGGCCGAUGGCGGAGGUGAUAAUAUAUCGUAUGCGGAGGCGAAGAAGCUGAUGCGGUUGUUGAAUGUGGAGGCGUUGAAGAGGAAGUUCGGUACGGAAGGAAAAGAGGUGAUAGGUUAUUCGGAGCUGUUGCAGGCGUGUGAGACUACUGGUGUUUGUAAAUCGCUUCCUGAAGCCAAGGCCUUUGCCACGGUUUUGGAUGAGGCUGGUGUUGUUUUGAUUUUUAGAGAUAAAGUUUAUCUUCAUCCUGAUAAGGUGGUUGAUCUGGUGAGAAGGGCCGUGCCGCUCGCUCUAACACCAGAUGAUGACCCGAGGAGGGAGGAGCUAAAGACCUUACAAGCGAAACAGGAAGAAAUUGAUAGGCUGGCCCACCAGCAGGUCCGGUGGAUCCUCUAUAGCGGGCUCGGGUUCUCACUAGCUCAAAUCGGGCUAUUUUUCCGUUUAACCUUUUGGGAAUUCUCUUGGGAUGUUAUGGAGCCUAUUGCAUUUUUCGCAACAACAUCUGGCAUAAUCGUGGGGUAUGCAUAUUUCCUUAUAACAUCUAGAGACCCGACGUACCAAGAUUUGAUGAAGAGGCUUUUCUUGUCGCGAAGAAGAAAGCUUAUGAAAAAGCACAAAUUUGAUGUUGAAAGAUUCCUGGAGUUGCAGAAGAAAUGUAAGUCACCUUUGGACGCACCCCCCUUAGCCAAACAUUGUGUUGCAGGGGUGGAAUUGGAAACCCACGAUCUGUUGCACAAGAACUAAAAGACUUUUUGGUUUGACUUUUGACUUUCAUUGAUAAUCCCUUCUUUUGUCAUUCUAUUUAUACCCACGAACUUUGUAAGCUGAAAUACUGGAUUUCAAUGCCCUUUUGUGGGUUAUAAUAUUCUUUUACUUUCCCCUUUCA